UCCACACCACAGACAUGGCCUGCUACGACCUCUGCCGCCCCUGCGGACCCACCCCGCUGGCUAACAGCUGCAACGAGCCCUGUGUCCAGCAGUGCCAGGACUCCCGCGUCGUCAUCCAGCCUCCCGCCGUGCUGGUCACCCUGCCAGGACCCAUCCUCAGCUCCUUCCCCCAGAACACCGCCGUCGGAUCCUCCUCAUCGGCUGCCGUGGGCAACGUCCUCAGCUCCCAGGGAGUGCCCGUCUCCUCCAGUGGCUUCGGCUUCGGAGGCCUGGGCGGCUACGGCUUUGGCUUCGGCUUCGGAGGCCUGGGCGGCUACGGCUUCGGAGGCCUGGGCUGCUUCGGCGGCAGAAGAGGCUGCUACCCCUGCUAA